UCAGUUCUGUUAUACACAGACAUUAUUUUAACAGUUUUGGAAACGUUAGAGUGUUUUCUAUCCAAAUCUAUGUAAUGUGUUAUGCAAAGAUCCCAUUACUAAAAUGUGUUAUGCAAAGAUCCCAAUAGAAGACCCUAUUUUCAAUAUGUUUCAAGAUUGCAUUGAAAAUGGGGAAAUGGACUCCACUAUGAAACAGGGCCAUAUUUCAAUGAUUCCGAAGCCCGAUAAAGACCCUUCUCUCAAUGUUGAUUACAAAUUGAUUGCUCUGGAUUAUGCCAAAAGAUUAAAGAAAGGAAUAGAUAGACUAAUAGGGAUGUAAAAAAUGUGUGCACAAAAUUUAAGAGAAAUAAGCUUUCUGGGAUAUUUUAUUUCAGCUCAUGAAAUAUGGAACCAAGACUUUACAUGUUGCGUUUACAUUUUUGUUCAGUGAACAUUUUAAGUCCUUGCAUUUGAUUAUUAUUAAUCAAAUACAAACCUUGAAUUGAUUCCUCGUGUACUCACGACCAUCCCUAACAACAACUAAAAAGCUAAACAUUCCAGUAGUCAGUUCUUUCUGGUUAUUUAUGUAGGUGAAUAUAGCUGGUUAAAUUUUCUGAAAUUGGCAAUCCCUGAGUAAUGUGAUUAUUCAGAACCACUUACUCCUAUUUAUACAAUGUGACUUUGAGUCUUUGUGAAAGUGAAGCUAUUGAUGACAGUCUACCCAGCAAGCCCUUUGCAAAUGAGAUGAGCUGGUUAUCCAUUGCUAUAGGUUGUGAAAUAUGGUUAAGUCCAGAGAUGAGCUAACACGGGUUUCACUGAGAUGGCUUUCCCAGCACACAGAAAAGAACAUAGUAGAUAAAUGUAGGAGGAAAUGAGGGAAAAACAAAAAGAGCAGAGUUAGGUAAUACUGUGACGCAACAGCAUGUGAUCCUGAUAUUCCACUUCUGGCCUUCCAGGUGUGUUAGUGUAAAGGGCAGGGCUAUUGGCGGUAGCCCAUCUGUCUGCAAGUUGGAACAGUGUUCAGCUGCAGUAUAAAUACAUACACACCUGAACCUGACUCAUAAACACACAGACUUUACACUGACAUUCUAAAGAAGCUGAGACACAGCUUAGGUGGAUAUAUACGUGCUGGUGGUGUAUUCAGGUGGCUCUUACCUGUUGAACCUUACCCCAAGAGAGAAGUCACUCAAUUCGGCACUCUGAUCUACACUCUUUCUAUCACAUUGGACUUUGUGCACAAUAUACUAGUACAUUUGUCAGAGACAGUGAAUCCGACCUAAACCCCCAGAGAGCAAGCAGAGACGACAGAAGCAAGGGAUAGGUUGAGACUCCAACGGGAUUGGUAGAAACAUUGAGAGGAACCAGACUGCAGCGACCAACUGGACCAAUGGUCUCUAUAUUUUUGGAAAUGCCGCUGUGGAGACGGACAAAGGCUGGCGAUGAGGAGUGUAACCGCGCUGUCCUGGUCGCAGUGUCGAACUUUGACCACGGUGUACCACUGUGCAGGAGGCCAGGGGCGGAGAAAGACACCAAAAGGCUCCACCGUACCCUGACCAGACUGGGAUACAGAGUGGACAUACACACUGACCUCACCUCUCAUGAGAUGUACACACUCUUCAAGACAGAGAGCGAGCGGCCGGUGAAGGAGUGUUUCCUGGCAGUGCUGUCGUCUCACGGGGAGGAGGGCUGUGUGUUCGGGGCAGACGGAAGGCCAGUUAGACUGUCCCACAUCUUCUCCUGCUUCAACAACUCACACAUGGAGGGAAAGACCAAAGUCUUCUUUAUCCAGGCGUGUCGUGGGGGUGAGCUGGAUGAUGGGGUGACAGUGGAGACGGAUUCAGCAGGAAGUGAUGUCAUUGAGGACACUCUGUCUCAGUACCUGUUCAUCCCCAUGGAUACAGCGGUGAUGUACGCCACCACGCCAGGUUAUGGGGCCUUCAUGCACCCUCUGGGGGCUGUCUUCCUCCAGACACUCUGCAUCCUAUUGGAGGAGGAAGGGGGCAGAGCCUUGGAGCUGACACGCCUACUGACACGCCUCUCCCACCGUGUAGCCUUUGGCUUCCAGGCCACAGGUCGUCUGCUGGGGGGGAAGAAGGAAAUGCCUUGCUUCGUAUCGCGACUGACCAGAGAGGUGUUCCCAUUCGCCGAGCCCGAGAAGGAGGGCGGGGCCAAUGGGCUUUCUGCAACGACAUUGGUCAACCCAGAGUGCAACAGACCUCGCAAACCAUCUAUAAGCUAAACCCGAAGUCUUUGUGAGAACUAAAGGCACUUGUCGCUCACAGAUUGACAGGGUAGACUUGCUCUGUCAGCUACAUUAGUACGGAUGACUUCCAAUGUGUUGUUAGCCAGAGGGUUGUGAGUUUGUGCAAAGGUUGGGACAGAAUUUCCACUCUGUUACUUGUGUACAUGUUCGUGUGCAUAAUAGAAACAGAACAUUGUAAAGACCAGAUAUGUGGAUAAAGGAACAGAUCUGGAGCUGUUGGUGGUUUCAUCACAGAGUAGAUGAUUAUGGCGUCUUCCUUUACAGACAACUGACGCAUCUUAAAAUAUUCUAGAUAAUGAACGGUAUACUAUGUUAUUUGAGUCUAUUUCUUUAAUUCAAAUGGCAACCUAAGGCUAAGCUUCUGCUUCUAUGCUUUUAUUUGAAACCAUUAAAUGUAAGUUGAACACGCAUGCUCAAUGUUGAGUGUGUUAAAAACGA